ACUGGGAGUUGGCCCACAGUCGGCAACAGUGUCAGUUGCCAUUCACGCUUGGGACUAACCGGUUUGGCCGGCAGCUACGCAAAAAAGCAAACCAAUCCAAACGGAUUCGAGCCAAAACGAACCGAACCGAACCCAACUGGCCGGCGAGUAACGAUGGGCAACAAAGUUGUGACAUUUACGGAGCAGGAAUUGGAUGACUACCAGGAUUGCACGUUCUUCACGCGCAAGGAGAUCCUGCGGGUUCACAAGCGAUUCCGUGAGCUGCGGCCGGAUCUGGUGCCUCGCCAGAUGACCGAAGGUCAGGCCUCGAGUGUUAAGGUGCCCUGCGAAUGCAUUGAGAAGAUGCCCGAGUUGCGUGAGAAUCCCUUUCGCCGGCGAAUAUGCGAGGCCUUCUCACGCGAUGGCCAGGGCAAUUUAUCCUUUGAGGACUUUCUGGACGCCCUCUCCGUUUUUAGCGAGCAGGCGCCGAGGGACAUUAAAGUUUUCUACGCUUUCAAAAUUUAUGAUUUCGAUCAGGACGGCUUCAUCGGGCACGCCGACCUCAUGUCCUGCCUGACAACAAUGACCAAGAACGAGCUGAGUCCGGAGGAGCACCAGCAGAUUGCCGACAAGGUAAUCGAGGAGGCCGACGUCGAUGGCGAUGGCAAGUUAUCAAUUUUGGAGUUCGAGCACGUUAUACUCCGAGCGCCCGACUUUCUCUCCACCUUUCACAUCAGAAUAUGAAACCGUCUUUCGCCAGCGGUGCACUGAGAGAAACUCUAGUGUUUAAUAAAAUAUAAAUAUAUCAACGAAAUCUUCACUAUUUGCGUUACUUGUCUGAACUGCACCAUAAAGCUAUUCAAUAUAGUUAUGUAUUCUGCAGUGUAUUAUAAUAAAAUUAUCCAGCUAUUGAUAUCCAAUGUGCAUCAGUA